GGGUACAAAUAAACAGUCCGUGUUUACUUACGGAGCACACAGAAGCCACUUCUGAGCAUGGCUUUUUUUUUCAAAUCACGUAAUUCAUGAAGAAUAAGAUAAAUCAAGAUUAAUGUAUACAUUUUAUUUCUGACUGGCAUGUGAUGGUCAACGCUGCACUGAACUGCUUCGUUAUUUAAACCAUGUGUCUGAACUCCAAGCGACAAUGCUUUGGCUCCUUUUGUGCAUCGUGGAUGUUCUUGUGGCCUCGUUUGAGGUGACUAUCCCUAAUAAACAUCUGCUGGCAAUUCAAGGUCGUCCAGCUGUACUGGGCUGUGAGUUCACACCGGAUCCUGACCUCUCCAGUCUCGUUGUUACCUGGCAACGACUGGAAGAUGCACAGGUUGUCCACAGUUACUAUUAUCAACAGGACCAAUUGGACCGACAGAGUCCAGAAUACCACACUCGGACCUCAUUGUAUGUUUCAGAGCUUCAUAAAGGAAAUGGCUCUCUAAGGAUUGCAGCAGUUAGACCAAAAGAUGCAGGCCAAUACAUGUGCAUAGUGAGCAACACAAAGGGAACAGGAAAAGACUUGAUGGAAGUGACCUAUGAAGCCUCAUUUGAGGUGACUAUCCCUAAUAAACAUCUGGUAGCAAUCCGAGGUCGUUCAGCUGUACUGGGCUGUGAGUUCACACCUGAUCCUGACCUCUCCAACUUGGUUAUUACCUGGCAAAGACAGGAAGAUGCACGGGUUGUCCACAGUUACUAUUAUCAACAGGACCAAUUGGACCGACAGAGUCCAGAAUACCACACUCGGACCUCAUUGUAUGUUUCAGAGCUUCAUAAAGGAAAUGGCUCUCUAAGGAUUGCAGCAGUUAGACCAAAAGAUGCAGGUUGGUACCUGUGCACAGUGAGCAACACAAAGGGAACAGGAAGAGCCUUGAUGGAAGUGACCUAUGGAGCUCUUUACUCUGAGCCCAGGUUAAGCAUCCAUGUAAACUCCUCUGCUUUGAAAGUGCAGUUUGAGACAGAAGGUUUUCCCAAACCUGAGGUGAUCUGGCUGGGGGAACAUGACCAGAACCUCAGCUAUAACCUGGAGAUCCACGGACAGACAGAAGAUGGACUUUAUUUCAUAAAGACCAUCUGUGAGGCCCAGAAGCCAGUGAUUAAUAUCUCAUUUACACUUAAAAAUCCCCUCCUGAACCAGAACCUGCAGAGACCAGUGGUUCUCAGCUAUGAUGAGGACACCACAGACCAUAUGGUCAUAGUACUUGCUGUCCUCUCAAUGGUUUGCAUUCUUCUGGUUAUUGGCAUCAUAUGGUUAGCAGUGCAGAAGCAGAACAAGCGGAGAUCUACCCUGUGAUGAACCGUGAGAAUUAAUGAAUGGUGAUGUAGCUGUUCCCAAAAGAUCUGCAUGCGUGCAUGUUUUGACUUUUUGUGCUAAACAUUACUGGCAUUCAUAAAAUGCAAAUAGAGCAUAAGUUCAUCAAACUCUUCUUGCGUUAACUGAAAAUAAUUGCAAAAUAUACUUAUUUUACGCAUGAAUGGAUUUUUUAAAUAAUUUACACAUCAACGAAUGUCAGAGACCGUUAAAGUAGGAGUCAUAUGGGUGUGUGCACCCAGUAAUUUCUACAUUUUUUGCAGCUUAUUUAUUAACUGACAGUUGCGCAGUUUUAUAACAUUGUUUUAAAAAAUAUAAUAAUAUUUUAUAUGGAAUUUAUUUUAAAUAUAAAGUAAAAGUGACAUGACAUACAGCCAAGUAUGGUGACCCAUACUCCGAAUUCAUUCUCUGCUUUUAACCCAUCCAAAGUGCACACACACACACAGCAGUGAACACACACACACCGUGAACACCCAUAUAUCUUGUACAUACCUUGACAUAAGUAAUACACUGAACAUUUGCGUAUGUUUAAGUUUGUAAUAAAUAUCUUAAGCAGUGAUAGAACUAUGGAGACAAUCAGGUAAAUGCAUGAAUGAAUGAUGCAUUUAAAGCGCUUUAUUGUGUAUUGCUGUACACCCAAAGUGCUUUACAAUCAUUACAUAUACAGUACAUUUGGUCAUUUUGCAGACGCUUUUAUGCAAAGCAACUUACAAAGGAGGACAAUCAAAAUAAAAAAAUAAAUAAAAAAAUGAUAUGCAAGUGCUACAACAAGUCUCCAUUAGCUUAAUGUAGUACACACAGCAAGUUUUAUUAUAUAGUAAAUAAAAAGAAAACAGAUAGAAUAGAAAAAUAAUAGAGCAUGCUAGUGUUAGAGGCCUAUUUUUGCUUUUAAUAAUUGUAAAAACAAAUAAAAUUGUUUGAAUGCAACACGAUUAGAGAAGCUAGUAUUGACUUCAGUAAAUCAGGCCACUACACAAUAAUUGUGAAACCAUCAACAGCAAACUAUCAUGUACUGCAAAUGUGUCUAACACACUAUCACAACAGCCAAAAAAUAAAAAUAAAAUAUUGAAUAUAAGACUUAAGAGCCCAACUAAUGGAAACACCAAUCACCAUUAUGGUGACUUGAAUUUAACAAACAUUAGAUUUAAACCCCUGUUAAUUCUCAGCAACUUCUGUAGAACUCUAACAGAAAUAAAGUCAGUCUGGUUAGUAAUAAGUGAAGCUUGUAAUGCUGUUUGUGGAUUUGUUUAACCUUCCUCUGCUGUGAUACUGAGAGAUUUUCAUCUAAGGCAGUGGCUGCAGUCAGUUGUUGUGUGUCUGUUCAUCUCUUUUUUCCCUAUUCUCUUCUUUCCUUCAGUGAUUUUACUUGUUAACAAGCUUAGACAUGCUGAGAGGACUCAGUUUUUGUGGCUCAAUGUGAUUUAUUUCUUUGAUCUUGGCUGACGUGGAAUUGCUGUGGCUUGCUUUCAGCCCAGAUUUGGCAAACAGGAGCAGUCUGCACAAGUGCCCUCAUUCCAUGCUACCUGUGGGCCAGAUCAUAUUUCUACAGCUGCCAGAUGUGGGCUGGAACUGGGACAAGAAUAUGUUUCUAUCAUCUGGGUACUGGGUCAUUAGAACCCAUGGGUGAGCACCCCCUAAUGGCCUCAAUAAUACCUCUUCCAGCAGCAACAUUUUUUUUUUGGUUUUCCAAGGAGGUCUCCCAUCCAGAGACUGACCAGGCUUAAUUCUGCUUAUCUUGAGUGGGCAACCAGUCUUGUGCUGCUGGGUGAUAUGACUGUGGGGAAAUUUAGGCAUGCAUACAUUACAAAUCCAGAUCAAAUAUAAUUUCACACAAUUUAAGCAUUGCACUCUGUCUGUAAACCUUUUUAGAAAUAGGUGUUAUCGUAAUUCUCUGUUCUCUUGUUUCGCAAUCAAUAUAGGGAGGGGACUGCCAUAUUGACAGCUUUGAUGAAUUGUAUUUAUAAGUAAAAAGGUUAUGGUCUUUAUUUUUCUCUUCAAUGCAGCUCAGUGAAAACAAUAUUUGUAGGGAAAACUGACAAACAGGUAUAGAAUUUCAUGAGGGUAUUAGAUUAUUACCACAUUUACAUCCUGGUAGUUCACCUUAAAAAACUGAUAUUCUGUCAUCAGGUAUGCAUCUACAUGUCAUUUCAAUGUCAUUUCAAACCUGCAUGACGUACCGUCUUCUCUGAAACACAAAAUAUUUCAAGUUUUCAACUGUUUUGUCCACACAAUGAAAGUUAAUGCCAUUCAAAACAACACUGGAUACCCCUGACUUUCACUGUAUGGGCCAUAUUUAUUAUUAAACUGGAAUUGAUUUAACACUAUAUUGAUGUCAAGCUUGAAGCAUGUUUCUUGAGGAGGGAAAACAUUGAAGACCCUGCAGAGACAUGUAUGAAAUUCAUUCAAUCUCAAAUUCGUUCACACAGUGGUAGUGAUGCAUUUCACAAAUAUCAAUUGUUUAUUCAGUCCAGUCUGUAAAAACUAAGUGACCUAGGAAAAAUGUGUUGUAUGUUUUUGUUUUCUUUUAUUUUUGUAUUUUUUUUACUCUGCAGUCAAAUCACUGACACAUUGUAACUUGAAUGAUGGUGGUAACAAAACAAAUCUGUACUAACAAGGUUUAUGAAUACUGCUAGAUGCAUGACUUGCUUCAAAUGUCAUUCAGAGUAACCUGAAGCUGGUGAAAAUUACACACUACAUUUAGAACAAAUCACAACCCGGCAUCCUUCUGUUAGCUUAUGCAUUAAUAUAACGUAUUGUAGCAAUAAUUUGACAUAGUUGUUUAUUCAUCAAAUGUUAAAUGACUAUGAUGUGUUAAAUUACUAUGUCCUUCAGUUUCAUCUUUUUAAGAUGGUCUUUGUCUUGGUUAAAAGUCAAGUAAACAAAAAAAACCUCCCAUUUUAUUUUGUUUGUUAACCUAUGGCAUUACAUAUUUUUGGUAUAUAAUGUCACAGGUUAUUGGUAGUGUGGCAUAAUGCUAAAUAAACCAGUUAAAAUAUAUAUGUAUUUUUAUUUUCAUUCUUUUCUUCUGAGGUGAUGUGAAGAAUGUUUUUCUCAGUGACAUACAAAGGACUGUUAUUCUUAAGAUAAUAAACAUUACCUCAUGCA